AUGACAUUCACCAACGAUCAGUAUCCACCCUCCGGGAGAUACCAGCGAUCAUUUUGGAAGUGGUCAAUUGAACACCUGGAACGAAUGGACAAAGACGAAGAGGACGGCGAGAUCGACACACGAAUUUAUGACCGUUAUUUGUCCCUUAUGUCGGCGAUCCUAGUGGUCCCCCCACCGGACUCGUACAUGACAUAUUACUGGAAGCCUUUAAGUUCACUUGGUUGUACCGAUCGAAGCAGCCACGAAACCAUCACACUACUCGAGUCUCGUACCACCAUCGAGAGCGGAACGACAGGGCUUAGGACCUGGUGUGCAAGUUUCGUCCUUGCCAGUUAUCUCAUUGCGAAUGCCGAGACGAUUCGUGAUCAAACGGUCUUCGAGCUUGGUUGUGGGUCCGGUUUUCUUGGAAUUAUUGUGGCGACAAUACAACAGAAAUUUAACGAGCGUCAUGAAUCACAUCGUCAGCCAUUGCCUGCAGUACUGUUGACUGAUGUAAAUGCCGGAGUGCUUUCAAGGUGUCGCGACAAUGUCCAACUUCGUUGCAAUCAGUCAUCAAAUCACCCAAAUAUCACCUUCUCCACUCUUGACUGGUUCGAUGCCCUUUCCCUGCCAUGCACGAGCGUGGGCGUUGUGAUUGGUGCUGAUAUAGUAUUUGAUCCGAUUCUGGUCCCACCUCUGAGUGCUCGAAUGGCAGUGGUGGCGUUAACAGUCAGAAAUGAGCAAACGCUUGCGUAUUUUGUGACAGAGGCUGUAAAAGAACUUUGUGUGGAGGAAGUUCCGCACGCUUUCACCUCAGCUACAUACUUUGAUCUGGAUACCGCUGGAGUGGAUGCCGGUCUUGAUGUGAAGAUAUUCAAAUUCACACUCCACAAUUCGGCGUCAUAAUUAAAUGCGCGUUGUAUUUCACAGUUGUUUCUACUCAAGAGUUACUCUCGGAUAACACUCAUUCGACCUUCACUCGCACAGCUAGUCACACAAUGUAACGAAGUAGUCUCCUAGGCCACCUAGUGAAUUGGCCGGCGACAGACCGACGGCUUUAUCACGUCUUAACCCUGAUCUCGCUCAUUCUCCAUCAAUUUCGAUUGUUCAACUGCAUAACAUUUUCAAAUGACUGAUUGUUGUAAAUUGGGUUAUACAUUGAGAGUUUGAGACAGACUUGAGCUAGGUAUUUCAAAGUGGCCAAGUGAUCUGGAGUAGUGACCAAUAUGUAGUAUGCAGACGUGCAACCAAUUACCACUCGCGAG